AAAACACUUUUGAGAAGAAAAAAAACUAACUCUGAAAAUAAGCUUGGCACUUCUCAAAACCACUUUUGCAGACAGCUAUUAUUUUCAAGCAAAUCAUUUCAAGUUGGUCUUACAAUAAUGACAACAUCGCCUCUAACAAGUUGAGAUCUUUUGAAUCUUUGCUUCCAAAUUCUUUAGAAUGGCUGUCCUAAAAGAAGGGAGCAGACCACCAUGGGUAGGACUUGCUGCUGCUGUUUGGGUACAAGUAGCUGCUGGUAACGCUUAUACUUUCCCACUCUAUUCCUCUGCUUUGAAAUCAGUGUUGGGUUUUAGUCAGCAGCAGUUGACUAUUAUCGGAGUUGCUAAUGAUAUUGGGGAGAACGUUGGCAUUCUUCCAGGGAUAGCUUGCAACAAGUUCCCACCUUGGGUUAUUUUGCUUGUUGGUGUUUGCCUUUCUUUCUUUGGCUAUGGCGUUCUUUGGCUUGCAGUUAGCCAGACUCUGCUCUCUUUACCUUAUUGGGUUCUUUGGCUUGCACUGGUGAUUGCUACAAACAGCAGUGCAUGGAUGGGCACAGCAGUACUUGUCACCAAUAUGAGGAACUUCCCUCUCAGUAGAGGCACUGUUGCUGGAAUACUGAAAGGUUAUGUUGGCUUGAGUGGUGCAGUUUUCACAGAGAUCUUCGCAAUGGUUCUUAACAAUUCAGCUUCGGAGUUACUGCUGUUUCUAGCAUUGGGGAUUCCCAUCAUCUGUUUGGCCAUGAUGUACUUUAUCAGGGCUUGCACACCAGCUUCCGGCGAGGAUUCCUCAGAGCAUGUCCAUUUUCUUUUCACACAAGCAGCAAGUCUCUUGCUUGCCGUUUAUCUUCUCACUACAACAAUUUUGAAGAACACGCUAUCUUUAAGUAGUCCCAUCUCCUAUAUACUUGCUGGAGUAAUGGUUAUUUUCUUGAUGUCUCCUCUAGCAAUUCCCUUGAAGAUGACACUGUUUCCAUCUCGUCAUAAGAGAUCUGGAAACUUAGAUGGUUCCUCAGACAAUUUGACUGAAGAAGUCAGUUCCAGCCAAACGACAUCCUUAUUAACUCCAAUUUCAUCAGAAGCAGACCUUGGGAGCUUUCAUGAAGGUGAAGAUGUUUCUGAGGUAGACUUGCUGCUGGCCGAGGGCGAGGGUGCAGUGAAGAAGAAAAGGAAACCUAGAAGAGGGGAAGACUUCAAGUUUCGUGAAGCUGUUGUUAAAGCUGACUUCUGGCUUCUGUGGGUAGUAUACUUCCUCGGUGUUGGGUCUGGUGUAACUGUUCUAAAUAAUUUAGCACAGAUUGGAGUUGCACUUGGUGUAAAUGACACAACGAUAUUGCUGAGUUUGUUCAGCUUCUGCAAUUUCUUGGG